AGGUAUGGUUAUAUGAUGAAGCCUCACUUAUCAGGCGUUAUUCACUGGAACUUCACACUGCUCAACUGAGAAACAUUCCAACUUUAAAGAAUCGCUCCACCAUUUCAGUGUCACUUGUAUUUCAACUGAGAAAUUCUCAUUUUAGAAACUGAAUAAAGACUAUAACUUUGAAUCAAAUUGGUGUGGUCAUUGGUGGUAAAGCAUCUGUUUUGAGCGGAAGUUGUAUACUAAAAAGAGAGGCUCGCCCAACAUUUCAUGUAAAAGAUAUCAGGCAGGGAAGUUGUCCAGUAACGUGUAAGAGAUGGGCCUGAUAAGUACAACACGGACUAUAAUGUACUGUAUGGCAGCUGUUGUAACUACGGGGUGUGUCGGAUUCACUGUUAACGCUUAUAUCCUCUACUUACUCAGGGAGAAUGUGAAACGACUAGAAUUGGAGAUAACCGCACUGAGACGUGAACUCACGCAGGUUGAUGGUGACGUCACACGGUCAUCACGUGACGUCACACGGUCAUCACGUGACGUCACACGUGACAGAGCCUCUGAUAGUGAGAGUGAGGAUGAAUUUCAGCUAGCUCUCGAGAGCAUACCUUCACAAAGUAUUAUAGCCCAAGGAACGGACAGCCUGUGUACAGACAGACAGUGCGAGAGUGGCUUGUUAACACUGUGUCAGAGUAUUGAUAAGGAUCACGAUACUCUCAAGUUAACGGAGCAAGGCUGUGAGCAAGGUCUUACUACACUCACACAACUUAAUGAUCAGACACCAGACACCCCACAACUAAUGUGGAGGCUCGCUAGAAUAAUGUACGAGAAAGCAAAACACAACACUAAAGCGGGAGUAAACGCCCAGAAAGGACUGUUAGAGGCACUCGCUAUUGCAAAGAAAGGUGAAGAGUUGAGUGAAGGGAACUCUAAGAGCCACCUGUGGUACGCUAUCCUACUGGGUGACACGUGUAAAUAUGACGAUACGCGCGUUAAACUGACCAAGGGUUUAGAAUUUGAGAAGCAGGUGAAACUCUCGCUGGAUAUUGAUCCCUACAAUUCUACUGCGCUGCAUCUGAUCGGGAGAUACUGUUUCGAGGUAUCAGGUAUAAAGUGGUGGGAAGCUAAGAUAGCAGCUACUUUGUUCGGGUGUGUACCUCAGUCUACCUAUGAUGAGGCCCUGCAAUACUUCCUCCGUGCUGAUGAGAUUAAUAGUGAGUGGAUGGAGAACUCUCUCUUCAUUGCUAAGUGUUUGAUUGCCCUGAAAAGGAAUGAAGAAGCUAAAUCUUGGUUGGAUAGAGUUGAUUUGAAACAGGGGGCAGAACACGAACUUCAAGCUCAAAUAACAGACUUGAAAAAGAAGUUGUAACUGAAGAAGCAAUCUUGAAAAUAGUGUGUACUGACUGUAAAAACAGUGGAUAUCAGACUGGCGAAGAUAAUUGGAUAAAGCAUAGGGAAUGUUUUACUUAAUUCUUUAUCUAGCAAAAAGAUGGUUUAUAUCACUAUUUAUGUGUAAAGAAACAGCGAAGUUGAGUUCCCCAUGUAAUAUUUUUAAUUAUGUACUAGCUAUAAUAGUGAUCGUUUGUAAUUUAUCUGCAGAUAUGGACAAAGUUAGUCUCUUAAUAGCCGAUAUUUAUUCGUAUUACACUGAAGUUAUUUAUAGCAUAUUGAAUAAAUUAAACCAAGUAA